UUCUGGCUCACAUUCUACGGAAAUAACGAGAAGGUGGCGCUGCGACGCUUCUACUACGCAGUGCGGGUGCGCGGAGGAGAUGUCGGCGGGGAGGACCCAGAUAUAUUAUUGACGUUAUUCCCGUCUGUACGCAAGAUAGAUUUCUCAUCAGAGCUACAGUGAACUAUAGAGCAAAUAAUGGGAAGGAGUAUACGUGGUGUUUCAUACGCUGAAAGCUUGGCUGUCUCCACCGAACACCGACUUUUGCUUUUCAGCGCUAUUUUCAGGAGGGACUAGUUUCGGGAAAGCAAGCAAGCUAGCAGUACAGGCUAGCUUCGCAGCGAAGCUAGCUUGCUAGCAAAACUGCUGCCUUAUUGUGGCCCGCAACGAACCUCCCAGCUAGCAUCCGUCGCAUGCACAUAAAGAAAAAAUGGUGUACCUGUUAAAUCCUAUAGAGAACCUGAGAAGCUACAUCAACAACCGUCCACCGCUGGUCAUUUUUAUGAUCAGCGUCAGUGCAGUGGCCAUCGCCUUCCUGACCAUCGGUUAUUUCUUCAAGAUUAAGGAGAUCAAGUCUCCAGAAUUGACAGAGGACUGGAACACCUUUCUGCUGCGCUUCAAUGAGCUGGACUUUUGUGUGUCGGAGAAUGAAACGAUAAAGCAUGGUCUGAAUGAGUCGACCACGCCAGAGAGCAUGGUUGUGACCAGCGGCCAAGCUCGUUCCAGCACCCAGGUUCCCCUCCUGCUAGAGGACUCGGGUCCCAUCAACAUCUCAGUCCCCAUCACCCUCACGCUGGACCCUCAGCGCCCGUUUGGAGGGUACUCUCGCAAUAUCACCCACCUGUAUGCUACAGUGCUGGGGCAGCAAGUUGGCCUAUCUGGCCGGGAAGCCCAUGAAGAAAUAAACAUCACUUUCACCCUGCCUUUAUCCUGGAACUCAGACGACUGUGUGCUGCACGGCCACUGCGAGCAGGUGGUGUUCAGCACUUGCAUGACCAUCACGGCGGCCAGCAAUAUCUUCCCAGUCACAGUGCAGCCGCCACACUGCGUGCCAGAGACAUACACCAAUGCCACAUCUUGGUACAAGGUGUUCACCACAGUCCGCGACUCGGAUACCAAGUACAGUCAGGACUACAACCCCUUCUGGUGUUACAAAGGAGCCAUCGGCAAGGUGUACCACGCACUCAACCCAAAGCUUACUGUCAUUGUUCCUGAUGAUGACCGUUCCCUCAUCAACCUGCACCUGAUGCACACAAGCUACUUCUUGUUUGUCAUGGUCAUCACUAUGUUCUGCUAUGCAGUCAUUAAGGGUCGGCCUGGCAAAGUACGGCAAACCAACCCUGACUUCUGCCCUGAGAAGGUACAACAGACACCAGCAGUGCUAUAUGACGUGAACAGGUGGCGUUGUCAGAGGGUUAAAAAGACAUCAGAGAGCUAUGUCAGAACUUACCUGUAACAUGGACAAACUCAAAAGAAACAGAAGAAAUAAAAAUAAACAUACCAGUUGCCUAGUGAACCUUGGAAAUACAAUAAGGGACACAAAAGCUCUGUGAAUGCAUUACUCUUGCAAUGUUGGGUUUCUCCAACCAAAGAUAUACAAGUGCCUGUAUCUGUUGUGUAAAUAUUUGUAGGAACUCUGAUAUUCUGUGCAAAACCUAUUUGUUUAUGAUUAUAUUAAUUUUAGUAUUAUUAUUAUUAUUAUUAUUAUUAUUAUUAUUAUUAUUAUUAUUAUUAUUAUUAUUAUUAUUAUUUUGCCCUUAUUUCCCCUUGUGCCAUGUCAGAACAUGCAGUACAUAAACAAAGCAGAAGGCCAGAUCCGAGAACUACAUAGCCAUUUUAAUAACGGUCAUUCGGUCUCAUUUACCAAGCAAGAUAGAAAAAACAGAGAAGUGGGUUACGCGAAACAUUUUAUGGCAUUUAUCACAUUUCAGUUAUGAGUAUUUAUUGUAAAUGUUUGGAUAUCUCAAAACCGUCUGUUUAAAAAAAAAAAAAGUAUUUUUAUCUCCCAUGAUGAAAAACAUUUAGUCACUUGAAAUGUAUUUAAGUGAACUAAAUAUGCUUGAAUACCCAGGUGGAGAUUUGCUUGAGGAUGAGAUGCGAGUUUUCAGUAUGUACUUGUCAUUGUAGCUUCAACAGGGAAGAGAAUGAAUUAAGCACUUUUCUCUGCACCAGACCGCACUGUGUAAUCACAAGUCUGACCAGAAUUUGGACAUUGCAUAAAGUCUGUUCAAAAGUAGCAAUUAGUUUAUUUAAUUGAACUCAAUUAUAUUCGGUCUUCAUCAAACUAACAAUUAUGUUCCCCUGUGUGUCUGCAAUGUCAAUAAACUUGGAGUAAAGUAUUUAGAUGAUUGCACUGUGCACAUUAAUAUAUGAACAGAAUACAACGUCAACAGUAAGGUUAAUAAGUCCCAUUAUCUCAGUUUGUAUCCUAUUAGGCUUAUCAGUAAGUCCAUUUUAAUGGCAGUUAAAUAAACGGCGGAACUUCCUGUGGUUUGUGUUGAAUAUUGUUUUUCUUUUUUACUUUAAAACAAGUAGAUGUUGUCACUCUUAAAAUAUGCUUUUCUGCCUUUUUGUUUUCCUUCCUCGGUGGCUUCAUCGCUCACCUGCCUCUUGUCUUUUAUUUGCUGCCUGUCGCUCUCCAGCAGGUUUGUAGUUUUGGCUUCUAGACUUAAGUGAUGUUCAAUACAGUCUUCUUUGUUGCACCUGGAUGAAGCAAAACAUUAUCUUGCCUUACCUACGGUGGACUUGCUUGCUUGAAAAUAGACAGGGAGAUCAUUUUCUCUGUCCCUUCUUCCACAGCCAUCCUUCUCUUUUUGUUUCUUCCAGUAUGAUGAGCCUGUGGUUUGAAAUCAAACUUGUGAUCUUCGUCCUAUUAAUGUAAAUGUCAAAUGGCCCUUGAGUUAUAAUAUUUUUGGAUGCUUUUGAACUACUUGUGCUUUUAUUUUAAGCAAAUCUUUAUCAGUUGCACGUGUUCAAAUGUUUGCAUAGUUAGUGCACCUUUUAGAUUUCUUGCACAUUUUGUGUUAUUUGCUCUUGUGAUUUUUCUUUUUUUUCCUUUUCUGUCCAAGGUCACAUGUAAACAGUCUGAUAUUGAAGUAUACAAACCUUGUUUCAGUUGGACUCUUGAAAAUACAUAGAAUUAUAUAAUUCUAUUGAUAUAACUAUGAUAAUAUAUUAAAGAUUAAAUCAUUGAUUUUUUUUAUUAUUAUUUUGUAGUAUAACAAAAUGUGCAAAAACUCAUUUGGUGUGCAAAUGUGUGUAAGGGAGUUUGGGAAAUGUUUAGAUAAAUAAAGGCGGCUUUAGACUGAUUCUCUGAAAUCUCGUUCCAAGUGACUAAGUGUCUGGUAUUGAAAGGAUACUUGUAAGUGUAAUGGUAUUUCUUCAAUGCAAGUCUAUAUUGACUUGACUGGGCACAGAAAUAUAACAAAACAAGCUCACCUGCAAAAUUUUGUUGAUUUUCACAUGAAUUGUCAUGACUCAUUGUGUUGUACUGAAACUCUUAACUGUAGCUUUAAGGAUGAAAUUCAUGCUCUUCCAGUUGUUAUAUAAUUCUUCAUAUUUUGAGAGCAUGGCUGACUUUUGACAAUCAUUUAUUCUAAAUGUACUGCAACGCAUAUUAGAUUUGCAAUAAAAAAAACAAUAAUGCUCUAAUUAGAUUAGGUUAAGAUUGUUGUCAAUGCUAAAAUCCUGAGUCACCACCCACUGUCCGCUGUGCUGUGUAGACAGAAAUGUAAAAUCUAUUAAAGUUGUUUGAGCUUGGCUAAAACUUUGCUUAGAGAGGAUGCAGUGUAAAAUCCAAACCUUCCUACAGUCUUAAAGAAAAACUGGAGAAUAAAUAACAGUCUAAGUCCGCCUUUAAUGUCUGUUAUGUAUGACUUUUCUUCAAUAGCAAUUACUGAUACAUUUUACUUACCUCUGUUAUAAUUUUGUUCCAUAAUGGAUGUACCUGUUGAAUGUACUUUUUUUAUAAGCAGCAUAAUCUAAAUCUGAGAUGCAAGAAUUCCAAGUAAAUUUAAACUAUGAUGUAGUUUGAUUUUUUCAGUUUAAAAGGCUUUACUUGAAUUGUGUUUUUGUUCAAGUGGUAUUCAUAUAUUAUAAGGUUUAUCCUUUCGUGGCAAAAUGAAUCUCUUGUCACAUUAUUGUAUCAAACACUUUGUACAUUUGUUUGAUUUUUGUGUGUAUGUUGCUGAAUGAGCGAAAGGCGUUGGGUUUUGGUCAUAAUAGUUGUGAUACCUUUUGUUUUCCCAUAUUGAAUGAUGCUAGAACAAGUCUUCCUAAUUCUGGUGUGGAUCAUAUUUCAGCAUGGAUCUGUUGCUUUAGCUGUCAUCACUAUCUCCUGUGCUUUCACAGUGGGACUCGUGCUUUUUUUGUUUUUUUUUGGAAGAUCUGGCAGCUCCUAUUGGACGCUUGGAAAUUUUGGGUGUUGGAUGGGAAGCAGGUGUGGUUGACAGGGGGUGUGUGUGAGUGCAGGGAAAUUGAAAAGGUGAAUGAAGCAUGCCAUAUUUUUGCUAAACCAUCAUAAUUUUAAUGUCUGUGACCUGCAUUUACCUGCUUCUUAUCCCUCCUUGUGUUGAGUUACUAUUUUCAUCUUUGGUUAGAAUUGCAUAUCUAUAAUGCAGUGCAAAAUGCCUUAACAUUGUCCAUUUUCAUUUAAGUUUUCUUUGUUUCACAUAUCGCAUAUUGUAAAACACACUGGCUUUACAGAAACAAAUCCAAACAAUACCUAUUUUAUCACUUCUGAGCUACAAGAAGCUCAAAUUACCAUGCUUGUUAAGUGCACAUGUAGAGAAAUUUAUUUUCAAGGAGCAGAUGCUUGCUGUUGUAGUUUUUAAACUACUCCACUAUAUCACUAAAGAAUAGAGUAAAAACAGGAACCAUAUUCUCCUUAGUUGCAUCAUCUCACGGUGUUCUCGGCUUUACAUUAAGCAAAACACACAAGUCUCCGAUAUAAGGCUGCCAUUUCACCUUGUUAUCCUUUCUGUCAUGUUAGGAGCGCUUACAGGCAAGUAUUAAGCCAACUCUGUGCCUUCUGCACUAUCGAGCUGCAUCCUUCUCCCUGUACAUACAGUAGAUAGGACCAUAGGUUUAAUGUGGCUAGAACGUCAUUCAAACCCUUUUCCUCUCCAGUGGAACUGCUGUAAAUGAACUCAAGUUUAAAUAAACUGUCUCUAAAGUUCAA